CCUGAUCGCAUGAGUAAAGGAGUAGAUAGCAGGAUUUAAGUGUUAGCAGUCUGCCCUUGUCUGCCUGAGCUUACUUAAAUCACUGUUUUAUGGUCUAUUGCCCGCUGUGCGUAUCAGGCUGCUGUCAGCAUCAUGGCGGGAGAAAGCGGUUUCGGCAAGAUCUUGCUUUGGAGGAAUUCGUGCCUUUUGAAGGUGUUGCUGCACGAAGUAUUGCAGGCGUCAAUGCCCCCAGAUCUCCGCGCCCUGCUGUUCCAAGGAAGGAACCUGUCUAGCUUUCUGCGUGACUUUCAGGAUUUUAGCCUUACGAAGAUAUGGGACGAGGAGACGAUGUGGUACACGUUCCCCGUGUUCGUUUGUGAAGGACUAAGUGAGGAGGUGUACACCCUCAUGUUGAAGUCGCAAACCUGGGAUGAGCUGGAAGCUUCUCUGAAGUUAAGGUUCCCAGAGGAUGGGGUGGAAUGCAGGCUUGGUAAGGGCCCUGAGCAGCCAGCCGAGGCCGCGUCAACACAAGGAGAGCUGAGUGGUAUACAGAGGCAAGUUGGGAUGCUGGAAGAGAGGUUGGCGUGGUUGGAAGAAGCCAGGCGUGGCGAGAGGAAGACUUUCGAAGGAGCAUCUAACGGACCAGCUGGGCAGGGUGAGGCGGAGGUAAGGGAGGAUCAUCAAGAAUUACUCCUCCACAAGAGGACCCCGAGAGGGAAAGUUUGCGCCCUAGAAAGAGAUGAAGAUGAGGGGGUCAUUGAGAUCAAGGAGGAGCGAGAAUCCAGUAUGGCCCUACCCGUUAUUGCGCCGGAGCCGAAGGGAGGGUCCAUUGGCAGAAAGGCACCGUCGGCUGUGGGUCGGGAUAGGCAAAGGAGUAAAUGGUGGCCAGAGCAUUGGGCAGAAGUGGUAUGUGAUCGUUGGGGAAAGAUUGGUCGCACCCCUCAAGGAGGCAAGGAAAAAGGGGAGCCUGAACCCCCAAGUUGACGAAGGUUCAGCGGAAGGCGAGGAAUCGGACCCAGGAAGGUCAGGGUACCGGAAAGGGGCAGUGCUCACAGA